AUGCAGUGCGCGCCGCGGCUGACAUGGCGGCCGGCCCAGAUUGAGGCGCUCGCGUCGGGGCCUCCCAACUGCCGGAGCAGGACAUGGAGGGGGACGCGGCCGGCACAUCCCUGGGCUGACAGCCAGGUACUUGAGUCCCCCGAGAAAGAGAGAGAGAGAGGGCGGCGGAGGCGGCAGACGGAAGCGGGUCGUGUCCCCCCCCUCCCGCGUCGCUCUUUCGCCCUCCUUCCGUGCCCGCUCCUGGCUUCUACCCUCCUGGGGGUGGGGGGAGGGGGGCUCUCUGCACCAAGGCCCUUCGCUCGCCUCCGCCACGGUCUCCCCCCCCCCGGCACCCACUUUUUAAAGUCUUCUCGGAGCGCCUCUUUUUGGGUGGGUGGGUGGGGGUCUGCCAGGCGCCCUCCUAGCUAGGGUCCUGGUUGGGACCCCACUUCCCCAUUCCCUGCUUUUGUUUCUCUCCUGUCUGGGUGGGAAGAAUAGAAAGUUUAAGGCAAAUAGGCCCUUGGAUGAGGACUGUGCCCAGAGCGAGUUGUUUUGGUGUGUGUUUUUGUGUGGGCGGGGGGGGGGGUGUUGAUGUGGUUGGGUAAUUCGAUAAUUUGGGGGGGGCACCAAAAAGUUGAUCCUGCACGUGUACUUCUGAGGGCUAAGAGGGGGUGUUGUUUGUUCCGUGGGAGCACUAUAAAGACGUUGGAGCGUAGCCUACGGAGACAUGUUUUGGGGAAAUCGAGCUGUUUUUCUGACAGUGGGCUAAGCUGUUAACACAACUUGAUGGGUUUCCUGCGAGGAGGGGCUUGACACAGAUCUCCACAGAAUAGCCCUUUCGCACUUGGGGCUUUUAAUUGGGGGGCUCCCGAGUGCCGGUUUUAGUGUCUCUGGUGUCUGGGAGCCUCUCAGUAAAGCAGAUGGGUGAAUAGUGGGAUCAGUGUCAUCACUGUUGUAAAUUAUUAUGCAGCACCAUCAGCCUACAGGGCACUUUAAAGAGCUUAGUAACUACUAAAACAAAUAGGUUUCUACCUUAAGGUGAUUGCACUACAAAAUAGCAGAGCAUAUUGUGCUAUUUAGUGAUGGUGGGUAAGGCUUCUGGCUUUCUGCCUUAGCACUGGACCACUUUCACUUGGAACCUUCCCACUAUAAAGUGAUCUCUGGUCAACAUCUGGUUAAAAAACUAAUUAGUUGUCUGCAUUUUGCAAAUGGUGAAAAUCAAGGGUUCAUGCUUCAGUAACAGAAGCAGGCAUAUAUUAAAGUUACAGCUUUUGCUGUUGCACAUUUCAAAAGCACAUUAUGAGGAGCCAUGAUUGAUAUGCAGAUUUGAGUAUGUAUUCAGUUCCAUUGUAAAAUGUGAAAUUGGUCAGUUUCAUAGUAGAGCGAAAAUAGAACAAAAAUACUUAUUGGUCCUGUUGUUAAAUGGUCCUGCUUCUCUUCUAUGUAAUCAUCUUAAGUAUUAUGACAUUGUAAUAACCUUUUGAAUGUAAGAUUUCACCACAUGAAGGUUGAAAAAUAUUUGAUAUUGCUUGGGUUCACUAUCAACCUUUUUAGGUGCCAGUCCAAUAAAGAGCUGAAAACUAUGUCAAAUUCGUUUAUGCUAACAUCAAUUUUUAAAAGGGCACCUGAUAUUUUUAUGGUGGUGUUCACAUGUAUCACUGGCAUAGACUUGUGGAAGAUUCUUCCGUUAUUACAGUGUGAAAGAAGCAUACUAGCCGAUGUUUUCUCAAAAUUUGGGUUCAUAGUAGAAGUUACCUUUUAGGUUUUAAAAGAAUGAUCUAGUUUACACAUCAUGGUAAACCAUAGUUAAUAAUAUUAUGUUAGCAAGGAGAUUGAUUCUGCUUCACUCUUCUUUUACUUGUAGAGUCACUGUGGUGAUGGUGAUGGUGAUAAUAAUAAUAAUAAUAAUAAUAAUAAUAAUAAUAAAUAAAAAUACCAUGAGUUGGGGCAACAACCCAAACUCAUUGGCUUAGCAUUUUGUCUGAAUUGAGAAUUAUGGUUUGUUUUGUGCCAAAUAAACCAUGAUUGAUAAGUCAAGAACAUAUCUUGGCUUUACAUUGUGGUUUGUGUGGAGGAGAACUAACCACAAUCCCAUUUGGACAUGAUGCAAGCCAGGAAUUAAGUUUUGUUACUCCUGUUCACAUGAGGGAGAGUGAAGCAGAAACCAUCUGCAUUCCUGAUUUAACUGUAAACAUAACCAGAGCCUUUCUGACAGCAGGUGAUUGCCAUUCUGUAACAAACGCAGACUUUCUGCACAUUAGUAUGCAAAUUGGGUAAAACCCCAGUUUACAGCUGUGUGAUACACUACCCUUAUUUUGAGAAGCUGUUUGUGCAGUUUAUGAUGUGAGAGACUACAAGCAGUACAUGUCUUGUAUGGAGAUUCUUGCGUGCUGCCAAUGAACCCUGAACAGGGUAAUGUUUGUUAGGAAGUUAAAGUUCAUGUUGCAGUAAGUUCACAAAUACUGAAAUUUCCAAAUACUGAAAGAAUCAAAAUCAGCUAAGCUAGGCAAGAGUGUUAAUGUCACAUUUAAUAGUUAUUGUGACUAUCAGCCACAGGGAAUAAGAUCAACAAUAGCAAGAUAGAGUUCUCUGUCUCCCGUCACCAGAUUCCACUCCAGUGUCUCCAGUGAGUGCAGAGUAAAUCUAAAGAAAACUUUGCUAUCAUUUUGCAGUAUGUUUAGUAAAAUAAAUGACAUUAUGUCAGCCCAGAUGUCCUUGUGAUGAAGCUGUCCAAAUUACAUAGAAAAGGAAAGUGAUUUUAAAAGCAAAAGAGGCAUGUGGGUGAAGGGUGCAGAACUCUUCCCUCACUCCACAUCUUAUCUCCCUGCAUGCCAUUUCUUCAGGCACUAGUUUCUGAGCAGAGGUCACAUACCAUGUCUAGAACUGUACUCAGUUUUCCAAAUGUGGCCACAUCACAGAUUUAUACUGUCUUGUAUUUAAACAUUCACCUGGUAGGCAACCAAGAAUUCCAUACACAUGAAUGAGAGGGCUGGUGAAAGAGUGAAGGACUGCUUCCUCCCUCCUCUCUGCCCAUGAUAGAAAUCAAACUGUCAGAGGAGGGAAGCCUGCUUCUCUGUGCUUAUAAUAGAAAUGUAGUGGGCAACUACAGAAGGGAAGGCACUAGCACCUUUUUGGGCUUAUCUACAAGGCUGGAUUUACAUGAGGACAUUGCUAUAUAGCAAUUACAAAAGAGAAGGCCAUUUUAUCAUAAAAGCCAUCAAAUUGUUGUCUUUUCCAACAGCUGUUAUGUUUACUGAGGAGCUUUUGGUAAAGUGUUUUGUCAAAAGCUUUUUGAAAUCUUGGAUACAGUACCUACUGGAUCACUGCAUGUUCGUUGUGCUUUCAAAGAAUUCAAAAUCAUUGGUAAGGCCAAACUUCCUGUUGUAGAAACCAUGCUGAUUCUUCCCCAGCAAGGCUUUUUCAUCUGUAUAACUGUACCUUUGCUUAUGCUUUCUAUCAAUUAACCUGGUAUGGAAGUUAGGUCUCUAAUUCCUCCUGAAUGCAUUCAAGGGGGGGGGGCUAUUUUUAGUGACAAGCUGCACAUUUUUCUUAGAGAUCAUGUGUUGUGUUUAAAGAAAGUCACAUUUAAAGAAAAAUAUUUUUGGCAAUUUGCUAAAAACUACUUGUGGGUUUUUUUGCUUACUACUGCCAAUUUACAUUCGUUUUGCCAGAAUCUGUGGUACUAUAGGGAGGAAUUUGGGCAAGAAUUCUUCUUUUCAAAGGAAGUCUUCUUGCCCUGCGUUGGUUUCUGAUCUUCAGCUUAAAUUGGAUGUGUUUGGACAAUCAAAUUUUGCCUUACUAAACUAAGAUAAAAAUGAACUUUGUGCAUCUACAUUCAGUUGCUUUGCUCCUCACUUCACACAAUUGGAAACAUAAGCUAGAAUUUUGCUGUAGCUUCUUGUUGUAUUUGAAGUGGGAAAUUACGAUUAAUGUUUUCAAAACAACCCUGGACGUGAAAACCAGCUUUAAACAAUUACUUCAUAUUCUGGCUUACUUGCAGGCCAUUUCCUAGUCCAGACAUUUCUCAGUUUGGAAGUUAUGGUUAACUGUGGCUCUCUGGCUUAUCUCUCCACUUGUGUGAAGGGAGGAGCAAAGCAGCUGCAUACAUGAAGCUUGUUCACCACUCAGCUUACAAAAUAGAUAUUUGAUUGUCCCAAUGUGGCCAUUUUCUCUGGGCUUCUAUAAUAAUGGGUUUAAAUAGCAUUCAAAUGUCCUGAUACUCAUUCUCCCUCCCCCCCGAAGUUUCCUCCCAAGAAAUGAAGUGCCACUGUACUGGAUUGGAGCUGCAGUGCAGGGAUAGUCCCCUUCACACACCUCAUACAAUUUUUCUCACUUUAAAAUAGCCACAUCUGUGCAAAGCUUGGAUCUGCCCUCUCAAGGCAAAUACCUUUUAGGGAUGGGUGAAUUGAAACUAGGAAAAAUAGCACUGAGAGAAAGAGUCCCCCCUUCCUGCACCAAAUUAGGUUUGUUGAUAGGCAAACUUAGUUCAUUAAUCAUAUGGUUUUUUAUUGAACUAGUAUUAUUUAAAUGGGGUGGUGGGUAGGUGGGUGGGUGGGACCUGUGGUCCCCCUGAUGCUCCCAGCCAACAUGGCCAGUGAUCAGCGUUGAUGGAAGUUGUAGUUGUAUGGAGAGCUACAGGUUCCCCAUCCUUGCAUUUAGCUCUCGACAGGUCUAAUAUUUUAGUUCCUUCUUUAGUAUUAAAUGUUAUUAAGCUUUUUGUACAAGUUGUAGUUCAGUGGGUUUGGGUUUAUGUGGUUUUGCAAUAAUUCACAUCUUGAUAUUACAGCCAGUUGGUAGUGCUAGUGGAAGAUAAUUGAGAUUAUGAAACCUUAAAAACCAACAGGAAACGAAAGUGAAACUUAUCUACAAUUGUCUGAGUCAAAUCAUAAUAUUAAUAGAACCUCAAACAUAGCAAGUUUCAGGUUUAAGCACCAGAUGGCUAAUAUCUUUCUCUCUAUAUAAAAUUUUAAGUAGCUUAAGUUUGUAUUCAUGUUUUAAACACAAUAAAGAAAUCCCAACACUGCCAUGUAUUUCUGUUGUAGCAAUGUAGUUGUCAUUCCUUUCCUAUCACGGCAGUAUCAAUGGUUAGUGAUCAUGGUUAGCCCCCCCCCCCCCAAUUGAUCAAUUUCCCCAGCUGAUGUCAGCAUUUAUAUACCAUAAUAAUAAUUUGCUGCCUGUUCUGAGCAGGUUGAGGUGUGUUAGGGUUACAAAUAUAAGUGAAUUAACAAAUAACUACGUAAAUGAAGGAUAGUUUUUAUUCUGAAAUCAUUAAUUGUUAUUUCAUUGCUAAAGCCAAUGUUGCCCUUUUAUUAACCUUUGAUGUAAUUUUAAAAAGCAAUAUUUACAAGAUAUAUUUUAUUGCAACUUUCAGGUAGUCCUUUUUGUGUUACAUAUCAUUGUUUUGACACUGUUGCAAUACAGUGUACUUUUCUAUCUCUCUCUUAACUUACAAUGAAAAAACUGAAGUGAAAGCAAACUUAUUUUGGAAGUUGUAGAGGUAUAAGUAAAGCAGAGGCCUAUGUACGAAUGCUCUGAAAUGUUUUUUUAAUGUUUGUGAAAACAUUACUAAUUGGCAGCAUUUCUACAAAACAAUUGUAAGAGUUUGGAGCUCUAAAAUGUGGCCAGUAAGGUAGAAGUCCCUGGGAAGCCUCAAGGAAGAGCAUGCCUAGCAUAAUGUGCUGAAGGAUAUUUCUCCCCCUGCUGCUUUAGUACUUGCGUUGCCCCAACAAAGGGCAAAGGGAAAUCUCAAAAUUAAUGGGCAGAGCAAGCUUAACACAGGGCCUGUGAGGUGCAGAGGCACUGCCACAUCCAAAGCUUUGCUGGUUCACAAGCUGCAAGCUGGCAUAGGAACAGAACCUUUGGAAUAUCUCCAGGGUUUUGGAUUCAGUAUCACCUUGUUUUGUUUUGUUUUUUAAAUAAUAUUUAUUGAGGAUUUUAAGAUUACAGAGAAACAAAGAAGCAAAGUAGACAAAAAGAGAAAUUAAACAAUACAAGUCAAUAAAAACAAAAGUCAAAGAAAAAAAACAAAUCACACAAAUACAUCAAAAUCAAAAAGCAAAAAUAAACAAAAAAUUUAAAAACAAAUCCAAUUGUCCCACAUCUUUAUCUUUCAUUAACUUGUUUCAUGGACCUCCUCACACCUCCCUUUUUUGUAUUCUAGUUAUUAAUUAUCUCAGCAAAUCCUUUCCAUCUUUCAUAAUAUUCUGUCAUUAAAUUACCUUAAUCUAUUUUAACCUUAUCUUACCAUAAAAACCCUAAAACUUAAAGCUUAAAUCUUAUUUAUACCAAUUUCUCAUAACCAUAACAUAUUCUUACAUAAUUCUUUUUAACAUUUCUGCUACAGCCAAAUAAUUUCGUUCCAACAUUUUUCUAAUACUCAUUAAUUUUACAAAACUUUCCUAAAAACUUUCUUCCAAUCUUCAUCCAACGUCUCUUCCUCCUGGUCUCGGGUUUUGUCAGUCCUUUCUAUCCCAUCCAUCUAGUUCAUCAACCUGGUAACCUUAUAUCCGAGGCUCUUAAAUCUCUUCCAUGUCCCUUCCGCAGGUCUUCUUCAUAUUUAUACCUGUACUUUACUUUGUCUUCUGCUCCUUUCACUCGUGGAGACUCCAGCUUGACAAUAUUUUUGUCCCUUCUCGACAGAUCAGCCCCUUUUCCAUAGUCAACACUGAACUCCAUGUGGUAUUUAAAAUCAUGUUUCAAGGUCCCUCUAAAGUUAAGGACCCCCACAACUCCGAACUCCUCCCAGCCCAAAGCCAGACUUGAAAGGUCAAAACAUCCCUGCAUAGGGGCGGGGUCUAUCCAGCCCCCCAUCUCCAAGCCAAACAAGACUCUAUCUCUCCAAAUCUGGCUUUUUCCAGGUUCAUUCGUCAAAUCCAACAACUCAUGUUCCUGCUGGGCCACAGUUCCCUCUAUCUCUGCCUCCCGGGGUCCACCAACAACCUCCUCCCUCAUCUGAUCUGUCAGAGCACACUCCUGGAUUAAUUCCUGAGUGGGUUCUAUAUAGGUACCCACUGCCUGUCCAAAAUUUCCGAUCGCAACAGUCAUCAAAUCCGUCUUCUCAUGUAACUGUUCCAAUAAGGCACUUGUCUUGCAGAAGGCAAGCACCAGAGUCUCCGAGUACAUUCUUGUUCAAGGUCAGAGUCUAAUCCCACGAUCUUAAUCUAUUGCAGCUGCACAGCUCCCAGUUCGAAUUUAAUAACAGUUUCGCAAGCUCCUUCUAGGGGAAAAAGCUUCUAUUUGUAUCCAUCUCUUUUUUUUCUUUUAAAAGCAGAUCUAACAACAAAGUUUCCUUUUUCAGAUAUUUUGUCAAUAUUUUGUUCCUUUUAGAUGCGAAGGGGAACAAUGGAAUCAAUAUGUUUCUCUUCUUUUAACUAUCUGUCCAAAACAUUUAUCUAUAGUCAAUGAACUUCCCGAGGACGUCUGUCCUGACACCCCACUCCCAGGUUCAAGACGGUGGAAAAUUGCUUUUCUUUACUCUCUCUUCUGCAGGUUUAAACAGUCCAGAAAAAAUUUCCCCCUCUUCUCCUGCUUCCAAGGGGGGUUCAGUAAUUUUAAAUGAUGAAAAUUGAUCCUUUACAGACGACUUUCUAAACUCUAGCUUACCGUGUCUUUGCUUUAAUCUAUCUACAAAAGCGGAAGGCGGACUUCCUGUUUAGACCUUCCCGCUUCAGUGCCAAAUUGAAAGAAAAUUCUUAAUCCAAUUUUCCGUUCUACUCACGGGCAGUUAUUUAAAAUCCAAUUGUCCACAGGAAAAAGUCAGCGCUCUCCGGCAACAGCAAUGCGGCUUCACUCCGUGAAAGAAGUAGUCGAUUCAAAGCACCACGCCACUCACCCCCACGUCGCUCCGGAUCCCCGAAACCGGGGUUCCCCGCGAGUAGGGGGGCGCAAAGGUGCCAGCCGAAUCCCACGUCCACAGGCUUCUCCCGCCUGUGGUUUUUGAUGGGUCUCCGCCUCGCCGUGGCGGUUCAGACCCUUUUUUCCACGGAGCGGAUUCCUCCUGAUCGGAGGAAAUCCGCCAUUGCCAGAGGCGCCAACCCGGAAGUCCCCCAGUAUCACCUUGUUUUGGGGCUCUCUACACUCUAGCUUACCACCCACUUGGUCAAAGCUAGCUGACCCUCUUCCCCUGCAGGUUGGUGGAGAGAAUCUCUGCUCCAUCCUAAACACCCCCAACCAACAAAAUAUGGAGGAGGGUUUGGAUUGUGCUCUUAUUAAACCAAUAGAGGAUAUUUCCAUCACACCAUGUGAAUGUUCCCUCCAUUAUUCUCCCCUCCCCCUGACAUGCUUAGCUUUAGUCUCUCAUUGCAAGCAUUUUUGAUAUUAUUUUAAUUUAGGACUAUGUUUAACAAUGUAAGAGUUUCUUUGUGUUCUCAUUCUCAAUUUUUCUCAUCAGACAAUCAGCCAGAUACCCUGCCUGAACAGAGGAUUCUGCUCCACUCCAGUUGUUGCAAAAUUAUAUUUCAAGUAG